AUGAAGCCUUUCUCCACUCCAGACGAGGAAUUGUUGUUGUGGGAGCACGUGGAGCUGAUUGCAGAGUUGUCUCAAUGUCUUCCUGCAUCACAUCCAUCCAUCUGUCAGCACAGUCAUCUCAACAAGUACCGCACCAUAACUGGUCUCUGCAAUAACAGGCAAAAUCCUCUCUGGGGAGCAGCCAACACUCCCUUGGUCAGAUGGCUUCCAGCUGAAUACGAAGACAGAGAGAGAGAACCCAAGGGUUGGAACCGAGGACGGCUCCAUAAUGGAUUCCAGCUUCCCUCGCCCCGGGAAGUCAGCAAGAAAAUACUGAGGACUUCUUCUAAAGGGAAUGAUGACGUCUAUUCACAGCUGUUGGUGGAGUGGGGCCAGUACAUUGACCAUGACAUAACUUUUACUCCUCAAAGCUCCGGCAGUGCAGCUUUUUGGACUGGCGUUGACUGCUUGACUACAUGUGAAUAUAUGCAUCCAUGCUUUCCCAUUGAGACAGGUGAUAUUAUCUCUGGUGCACAAGGCUGCAUGCCUUUUUUUCGCUCCUUACCAGCCUGCUUUGUAAAUUCUGGGUCUGAUAUUGAACAAGCUCUGCAGCGACAACAAUUGAAUGCAAUCACGUCAUUCAUGGAUGCUUCAGUUGUGUAUGGCCACAAUCCAAAAAUGGGAAGCUUCCUCCGUGACCUCUCUGGCCUUAAUGGGAAACUUGCCAUCAAUGAACAAUUCACAGAUCCCAAAGGAAGACCCUACCUUCCCUUUGUAGCCACUCUGCCAUCAGCCUGCCUCCAGGAUCCACAGGGGCAGAGAGUGGAGUGUUUCAGUGCUGGAGACAGUCGGGUCAAUGAGGGUCUGCCCCUUUCCGCUUUGCAUACACUGUGGCUUAGGGAACACAAUCGGAUUGCAGAGGCAUUGAAACACAUUAAUGGUCACUGGAGCCCAGAGACUAUAUACCAAGAAACUCGCAAAAUUAUUGGAGCUCUGCACCAGAUAAUAACCAUGAGAGAUUAUCUUCCAAAAAUUAUUGGCCCAGAGUCUUUUGAACAUUACAUUGGACCCUAUUGGGGAUAUGAUCCAACUACGGACCCAUCAGCUUCCAAUGUGUUUGCCACUGCUGCAUUCCGUUUCGGCCACGCUACCAUCUCUCCGAUCCUCCGGAGACUGAACGAGAGCUUUCAGGAACAUGAGCACUUCCCCCAUUUGAGACUCCACAACACUUUCUUCAGUCCAUGGAGAAUAGUCAAAGAAGGUGGAAUUGAACCAAUCCUGAGAGGUAUAAUUGGAACUGCAGCACCAGCUGUUAGUGCAGACAUGGUGUUGACAGAGGAGCUAACAGAGAAGUUGGUCGUCCUUAACGUGCCGCAGCACAUGGACCUGGCUUCACUGAACCUGCAGAGAGGACGAGAUCACGCUCUUCCAGGAUACAAUGAUUGGAGAUCGUUCUGUGGACUGAAGAGCAUUAAGACACUGGAUGAUUUCAAAGAGGUGGUGAGUGACUACAAGGUCGCUGAGAAGAUAUUCGAAAUAUACAAACAUCCCAACAAUAUCGAUGUGUGGCUUGGUGGGCUUGUUGAAAACUUGUUGCCGGGUGCAAGAACUGGUCCCCUCUUUGCUUGUCUAAUUGGAAAGCAGAUGAAAGCGCUUCGUGAUGGUGAUAGGUUUUGGUGGGAGGCUGAAGGUAUGUUCACCCAGCAACAGAAGACUGAGCUGCUGAAAGCGUCUCUGUCUCGGAUCAUCUGUGACAACAGUGACAUAAAAGAAGUCCAUCCUGAUUCUUUUAGGUUCAGUAAAUACCCAUGUGGUUACAUCUCUUGUGAUCAUAUACCGUCAAUUGAUCUGGAAGCUUGGAGACAGGAGAAAAGCCAAGAUUUAGAAAAGUGUGGCACCCCAAGAAAGAUAAAGAAUGGGGAUUUUAUUUUGUCCUCUACAUCUGGCAAACUGGUUGCUCUGUACUCCUGUUACCAUGGUUUCAAGUUAAGGGGUGCCUCUUCAAUAGUUUGUGAGAGAAAUCAAUGGAGUGAUCAACCCCCACAAUGUACAGUGAAUCGUCAGUAAUUAUUGAUGACGCUGCACAUCAAGAAAUGCUUCAUAACCAAGCUCAGGGAAACAUUCCUAUCCUUGCUCUCUUUCUUAGUUUUCAUGACUUUUAUUGAUUUUCUUUUUUUAAAUUAAAAAAACUUUGUUUUCAAAAGUAUUUCAUUGUACCUGCUAAUAUUCUGUUUUACAUUCAGCUGACUUAUUCUCUCUCGUUCACUGCAGUACGUUGA